GGCCCCGCACAGACAGCCCAACCGCUAGCUCCACCACCGCCGCCCCCUAUCUCCGGCCCCAAUGCAGUGCGGGCCCCAUGGAUGUCAAUGCCAGCAGCACCAGGGACCUCAGCUUCUUCAGCUACGGCAGCGGAGAAACGACUCAACGAGGUCUUGGGAUUGUUGAACAAGCAGGACCAGGAUGCGUUGUCUUCAGAUCUGCAAGCCUUUGUGCAGAAGGAGUCCGCCAAGCAGACCAAGGUGAAUGCCAAACAGCUACACUCAGCAGUGGAUGUCCUCACAGAGCCGGAGAAAGCCAUGGAUGCCGCACUGAAUGCCAGGACCAACCUGAUUGCCAGCUGGCGCACCUUUUUGGCGGCUCAGGAAGCGUUGAACAAGGCGAAGGCCAACUUCGAUACGCAGAAGCCCAAAGCCGACGAUGCCCACGUCAUCUCAGACGACGAGGAGGCCAAUGCACAGGCCGCUCAAGUCUCAACCACACGCAUUCUGAGUGGUCUGGAGAGUAUGACCAACAGUUUGACAGAAUUGUCAGCACAGGCAGAACAAGAGCAUCAAGAAGCGCAGAGGCGCAGCAAGCGGCCUCGACGAGACGACAACAAGGAUGUCAUCACCGUGGACAUGGCAGAAGAGGGCGAUGCGCCACCUUUUGGCGGGCCUGGUCAUUAG